AUGCUCCAUUGUAGAUCCUUAAGGAGUGCCACCAUAAGACGAUUGGUGCAUGUCCUGGUUGAUGAUACUGGUUGUUAUCAAUUACGUCGUUUGCCCUUGAUUGUGACCAGACUAAAAAGACCCACUGGUCUUCAUGCGUAUUCUACUUUAGCUCCUUCUGAUUUCGAAAUCGACCUCAUAACUUUAAAGAGGGUUCCAGUUACGGCAUCAGCCUCCACGACUCAAAAUAAGCUGGUCUCCUUUGAGUUUGACUUUGGUAAGGAAAUAUUUGUCCAAGAUAAGUACGAGGACUUCUACAACUUUUUGAAGUUUGCUUCGCCUUCACAUGGUGAUUCCUUCAAUUCAUUAGUGGCUAAAGUCGAUGAAUAUGCUUUGCAAAAGGGUGCCAAUAUUGAGUUGUUGCAAAGAAUGAAACACGAUUUCACUCUGAUUGAACAGGUGAAUCAAUACUUUGAAAUUGCCCGUAAUAAUGAAAUCAUUCUGUAUUUGCAACAACACAAUCUUGAAUAUUUGAUGCCUGAAUUGAAGGUUUUGGCUCAAGAAUUCGAUUUUGGGACGAUCACUCUUAAUCAACUUAUUCAUCAUCUUGAUGGGACAUUGGCCAAGUUUGAAAUUGAAGAAGAUGGCUCUUUUGAUAAGACUCCAGAGUUCUUUCAAAUCUUAAUUCAAUGUACUCGAUACAAAUCUCUACGUGAAAUUAUUUGGAAUGCUUACAACAAAUAUCCUGCUGUCGACACUACUUAUGGUGAUAAGUUACAUUUACUUUCAAAGCUAGUCACCAAACCUGAACACUCUUUCAUUCAAGCGUAUCCCAGAGAAUUUGAAGAUUUCAUUAAUGAAAACCACAGAGAACUUCUGGCCCUUAUUUUGGGUCAUUUUUCAAUCAACUAUCAAGAAAUUGAUACUCCCGAGUUCCUCGCAGGUUUACAAACAGUUAUUGAUGAUGUUAAGGGACAAAGGGCCAUUACAAGGGAAGUGGCUACUAAAAUUCGAGAUGGAAUAUUGUACUGGAGUGGCUCUGGUGUAAUAAACAACUUCCAAGACGAUAUAAUCAGAGAAGUUGUUCAUGGCUAUUACGGAGUACCCACAGUGUAUACCCAGGAUGCACUUGAGAACUACGAAAUUAACGUGAUCCAAUGGCUUUUUGGAAACGAUUCAUCGGGCUUAAGAUUAUUGAAACGACUUGACGAAGAUUUCAUCAUCACUAUUUCUCAAAGGGAUAUCAAGUUCAGUAAAGAAAAUUUAGAACCUUCAAUUAUCGAAGCAAUUCAGAAGACAGUAGCAAAAGUUCUUGAAUUUGAACAUACUGUCAAUUGGGGGUAUGACACUCUUGAGAACUUUAUCACAGAGGGUGCAUCAUUGAAAGAUUAUGAAGUUUCUGGCAAGGAACAUCUCAAAGGCUUUGCAGCUGAGUUAAGAGAAAUUAAAGGAAAAUAUCUACAAAAUAGAUUUGAAUUUGGUGACUUGAACUUGACUUUAUUGAAAAUCAUUUUGAACAGAUAUCUGUUGGAAAAGUCAGAUAGUAGUGUGAUGGCAACAGUGGAGGGCAUUUUGGCCCAGAAUCCCCAAAACAUUCAAGGUGUUCUUGAAGCGCUUGAUAAUGCUAUCAUUGAAGAGAACAAAACUAGCAAUGAUCAAAUCUCACUGGAAAUUCAAUUGGAGAACUUCAUAUCUCAAUUAAAUGAACUAGCUAGGAUUUAUUUACCUUCAAGCGCCCAUGGAAAGUUUGGUUUGAGCAGUUCUAAUGAGAUUUUGAGUGCUAUUAGAGACGUAAUUGCCAAGUCCAACAAGGAUGUCAACGAGUUGGUUAAUUGGAAUAAAUUACAUGGCACAUUGGCCAAAGUAUUUUCUUUAAACAAUAACCAUACUUCUUUUUUGGAUACCUUUAUAUUAAGUGGUCAAAAGCUGGAUAAGAGGAUUCUUGCAAGUUCGGAUUAUGUUCAAUUACCUGAUGAUUUCCGAUUGGAUCAAUUUGUUAGUGAGAUUGCAAACUUAAAAGACUAUUUGGCAGUUGAUUAUUUCUCAGAAGUGUCUUCAGAGGAGAUCCUUAAUGCCUGUGAGACAUUAGUGGCUUGGGAAUCACCACGUACCCCAUACAUGAACUUGCACUCCAACUUGAUUAAUUUAUUCAAAAUGAACAACAACCACACGGAAGUUUUGGAUAGUCUUUUGAUCAGUCAAUCAGUAUUUGAUGCUAUGGAACAGAAAUUAUCUGUUCAAACGGAACCGAAAAUGGCUACUGAUUUGCGUGCUUCAUUUUCUGUUCCUACUAUCAAGGUGGAUACUUUUGAACAAUUAGCUCCUAAAGAUGGUGUUGAAUCUGCUUCACUCAACAGAACUUGGUUAGCAGAAUCUGGACCUGAUAUGACUCAUGAUAUUGAUGCCGUUGAAGCUCCACUUUAUGCUCAACAAUUAUUGGAAUUAAGAUCGAAUUUGGAUAAAAGGAGUUUCUACAAAUCUACUAAUCAGGAGAUUUUUGAGGUCUUGAACUCAAUGAUAGAGAAUUGCUCAGAAGAACAAGCACAAUCAAAAUUGAAUUUGAGAAAAUUAUGCUACAACAUGAAUGGUGCCAAUUUAUCUAACUCCAGCAAAUUGAACUUAGACCGGUAUCUUGAUGGAGUCAAUUUAGAACACCAAGGAGGUGUUGUUGCACAGUUAAUUGAGGAACUGGUAGCCACUGCCACUGCUCCAGUUGAAGAAGUUGAAAGCGAAGCAGCCUUAUCAUUAGUUGGUGAGAAUGCAAAAUUGUUGAAUCAACAUUUUACAUUGAUCAGGGCAUUCUUAAUUAAGCUGUCCCUUUGGGAUAAGAAGAAUUGGGGUAUAACUGUAUCAAAGUUCCAAGAUUUGUUGAGUGUUUUUGAGGAACAAUUGGAUAAACUGGCACCUAAUUAUGCCAAUAAUUUGGAAGUUGUUAGUAAGUUGAAUUACUUUGCCAGUAAGAUUGAUUUCUACCCUGAUCUUGUUCAACAACUCUGCGAAGUUAAAUCGUUUAACCCAAAGAAGGAAUUAAGUGUUAAAGAUGUGGAGGAAGCCUACAAGGUAUUAAUGGAAACCUCAGAUUAUGAGGCUGGACUGCCUGGUACUCUGUCAGCCAUUGAUGCAAAAAUUAAUGAACAGCCUUUUGAAUACAAUGAUUCCGAGAAGUUAUUGGCACUAUUAACUAAGAAUGAAAAUAAUGCAACAUUACAAGAUAAUGAUCUCUUCAACCAUAUGAUCCAUGAACAUGAUAUUAGAGACUACUAUAUCAAAGAUGCUGUUUCAGCCACACCUGAAGUCAACGAAGAAGAUGAUAAGAAAAUCCUCUACAACAAGCAUCCCAGACAUCACCAUGGAGUGUCCAAACGUCCCAAAACGACUAUUGAAUCACCACCCAAAGAUAUUGAUAUGAGUUCUAUCGAAGACUUUUUAGAGACAGCCAAACAGAAAUUUGAAACUGCAAAGGAUGAGCAGAAUAAAGUACGGGAAGCUUACCAAUGGAGUAAGAGUUCUAUUGCAACUGGUUUGAAAGAGAAUGAGCCUUUAGGGAAGCCUAACGAUGAACUUUCAUCGAGAGUAACGCCUUUAUUCCCAACCUUUAAGAGUAAUGAUGCGUCUAGUGGAGCAAAAUAUCUACUUCUUUCUGUUGAUGGACACAAGAUUGAAAGCCAACAACAUCCAAUGGGAACGAAAUCUAUGUCGGAAGACAUUUUUGAAGUUUUAGGUAAGUUUAGAAAGGAAGAAUUGGAUUCACUCGCAGAAACGAUUGAAGACUUACAACUGGAUAGUUGGAGGAUUGUUGGGAGUAAAGUGGAACCCAAGGCCAAGUAUUUAGUGUGGGAGAAAGUCAACGGAACACCAUCAUUGAAGUCAAUCCCUAGAGGAAGUUUUAGAAGAAGUAUUAAGAAUGUUUUUGCAGGUAUUGGGGUUAUCUUAGCUUCAUUAAUUGGUAUUAAUUAUGUAUUGGAUGAUAGUACUACUGGAAGUUCUUCCCCGCGUACUACCCCACCCACUACUACCCCAACUACCAAUAUUGAACCAAUACCAAUUGAAGGAAACAAAGACUUAAGCUUACCGCAAAUGGAGAUGGCUAUUGCUGAAGAAGUUAGUAAAAUGAUCAAUGAAGCAACCAGCUCCAAAGACAUUAUAUCCGGACUUAAGAAGAUCUUAUGGAAGUAA